CCGGUAAACAAGUCAAGUAGUCCUCAUUUACAGCCGAUAUCUGACAUCGACCAGCUCAGCUGCUAGCAAAACGCAAACCGAGCUGAACUUUUCACAACGUAACCAUCGACUGACAGGAAAUAUGAGCAGAGAGUGCAUGUUUUGAUAGCGUGGCGACAAACUUACCUGUCUGCUGCGGCGGUGAUGGAGGAGCUCAUCGAGGAGCUCUCGCCCCUGCGGAUCACACCGACUGUCCGAGCUCUCAGCUCCGCGCUACGAGGCAAGCGUGAAAAUGUCCAGGACUCCAGACGAGGGGAAGGCGACAGAGGAUUCCCAGAACCGGAGAAGCUUUGGUUCAAGGAGAGCAGCGCGAAAAACCUACGAAACAGAGACUUCUUGUCACCGAGCACGAUGCUAAACACGCUGUUCGCUGACGGACAGGUUCCUCCAACAGUGAUGUCCAGAGUCCUGUCUCUUCGUGGCAGUGGGGUGCUCCCUGUGGCUGGUGGGGAGGUGAUGGGUGAAGGAUUGAGGCUGCGGGUGGACCGGGCUGCAACGUUCAGGGCAGUCCUGGCAGGUGGAACCACAGACUAUCUAAAGCCCUCGGGUCAGAGGGAGGGCUAUGUGCUGCUCAACUGUCCUGCACUGCAUCCUAGACCUAACACCCCCACAUCUGAUACACUGAACCUGGGCCAGCUAAGAACUGUUCUGCUGGUUGACCACAUGGGGGCACUACUGAGAAGACAGGGAUUUGAAGUUUUGUUUUGCCCGACGCUUCCUGAAGAUAGCGAUGUUGUCUCCUUCCUCCGAGCGCUGGGAAUCGAUUGGCCAACAGCUCCAGCCGAGUGGUCCAAUGAGGAACGGGAGGAGAAGCUCCUCAAGGUGCUGGAGAACUCACCUUACAGAGAAAGAGAAACAGAGAGAGGCAGGAGGACCAGCGGUGGAGGAGGGAGGAAAGCAGAGGGAGAGGAGGAGAAGGAGGAGCGCGAGGGGGUGCUCAGAAUUAACUUGAAGCAGGUUUUUCAGGAGAAGGGGCUACUGGGAUAUGACCCCACCCUGGGCUCUUGCACAGUUCACAGAGACAGCGUUUCCCACCUGGCGCAGCUUGAUCUGGCCACAGCUGACUGCACAGUAGCCAUGGUAACAACAAUACAUGUGACUUCUUGUCAGGAUGAGUUUCGCCAGCAGCAGAUAGCAAUGCUUUGGAGAGCCAGUGGAGCGACACACACUCAGAGACAUCUUGUGUGUGGACCUGUGAAGACUCCUGGUUGUCACCUCACUGCUGCACAGUACCUGCAGCUGAGAGAAAGUCAGAUGAAGGAAGCCUCAGAGAUGAAAUAUGGAGAUAAAGUAAAAGGUCAGACGUGGGAUGACAUCAUCAAGGUGAUGACCUCUGCCACGGUCAGAUUUGAGCUGCUAUCAACAGUUCACACAAGUCCUGUGACGCUGGACCUACAGAGAGAAGGCAGCGUGUCAACCAAAGGGCCGCGAGGAGGAGUGUUUGUGAUGUAUAACUGCGCCAGACUGCACACUCUGUUCGACAGCUACGAGAGCGGCGUGGAGAGGGGGUUGUAUCCAGAAAUCCCAGAAGGCUCCAAGCUGGACUUUUCUGCUCUCAAAGAAGAGGGCGAGUGGCUUCUCUUGUUCAAUUACCUCAUCCCAUUCUCUGAGCUGCUCAACCAAUCAGGAGAAGCGUUAGAUUGUGAAGGGGGAGGAGCCAGAGUGAACAUUAAGACUGAACAGAUCUGUAAGUUCCUCGUGUCUCUCAGUAAAGACUUCAGUUCGUACUACAACAGAGUGCACGUGCUCGGGGAGCCAUUGCCUCAUCUCUUCAACCAGAUGUUGUGUCGUCUGUAUCUGUUAAGAGCGUUGAGGGAACUGUACCACAGCGCUCUGGAGACCCUCAACCUUCCCCCCAUCAGGCAGCUAUAGCUUCAACAGAAUGCCCUCAUCCUUCACAGUUAGCUUCACCUGCACCCCCACCCACCAACACACUCGCUAACGAGUUAGCUCAACAGCUGACGCACGCUCACCGUUACAGUUAUUUAUAAGAUUUCACCCGAACACUUUGUUUUUGACUAUAACUAAAUAUUGAUGUCUACUUAUUUUUAUCAUAUACAUGCUCUAACCGAUCUUAAUUAAAAAUUUCUUAUUUAUUCUUUAAUUUGAGCAGAUUUUUUUCUAUUUAAUGUUUUUAAAGGAGUAGUUUGACGUUUUACUUAUGCCAGAAGAGUGUAGUUACAGUAGUCCCUCAUUUAUCAUGAGGGUUACCCAGACCCCGGGAC